UCAGUGCGAAGCGAGGCGGCGAAGAGUCAGCACUGCCGCGACGCGACCCGGCCGAGGGAGACACUUUCUCCGGAAGGGACACUUUCUCGGCGUGCGGGGCUGCGGCCAAUAGCGGCGCGAUGGCCGACUCGUGCAGCUCCAUCGCCGAGUUCUUCCGCGGCCGCAGCGUGCUGGUCACAGGCGCCACGGGCUUCAUGGGCAAGGUGCUGGUGGAGAAGCUGCUGCGCUCCUGCCCGGACCUGGCCGCCAUCUUCCUGCUGAUGCGGCCCAAGCACGGCAGCGACGUGCGCGCGCGCCUGCGCGACCUCACCAGCAUCCAGUUGUUCGACUGGCUGCGCAAGGAGCGACCCUCCUCGCUGGACAAGCUGGUGCCCUUGUGCGGCGACAUCACGUGCCCGGAGCUGGGCAUUAGCCCCGCUGACCAGGCCACACUCAUGGAACACGUGUCGGUGGUUUUCCACUCGGCAGCCACCGUCAAGUUCGACGAGGCGCUUAAGUUGUCUGUCGCCAUGAACAUUACCGGCACCAAGCGGUUGGUACAGCUCUGCCACAAGAUGAGCAAGCUGGAGGCGCUGGUGCACGUGUCCACGGCCUACUGCAACUGCAACCGCCCGGAGGUGGGCGAGAUGGUGUACCCGCCGCCCGCAGACCCGGAGACCAUCAUGCAGUACGCCGAGUGGAUAGACCAGGAUCUGCUGGAAGCCAUCACGCCCAAGAUCAUUGGCAACCGGCCCAACACGUACACGUUCACCAAAGCGCUGGCCGAGCACGUGCUGGUCGAACAGAGCCGCGGUCUGCCCAUCGCCAUCGUGCGGCCGUCCAUAGUGACGGCGGCGUGGAAGGAGCCGAUCCCGGGCUGGGUGGACAACCUGAACGGGCCGACGGGCCUGCUGGCAGGCGCCGGCAAGGGCGUGCUGAGGACCAUCCUGUGCUACCGCGACCUGGUGGCCGACCUGGUGCCCGUCGACAUCGCCAUCAACCUGCUCAUCUCCGUCGCCUGGCACACCGCCACCGCCAGGCCCAACAACAUAAUAGUGUACAACUGCACAUCUGGAAGCUUAAAUCCGGUGCGGUGGCGAGAGCUCGAGGAGAUAGGCUACCAGUACAUCCUGAAGUACCCAUUCAACAAUGUGCUGUGGUACCCGGGUGGCAGCUUCAAGAACAGCCGGCUGGCGAACUCCGUGUGCACAGUCGUCUUUCACACCAUCCCAGCUCACCUACUGGACCUGGCAGCCCGGCUCGCUGGCAGGAAACCCAUCAUGGUGCGCGUGCACAACAAGCUGCAGCGCGCCAUCGCGUGCCUCGAGUUCUUCACGACCCACGAGUGGCGGUUUGCGAGCGACAACGUUGCGCGCCUGCUGGCGAGGCUGCAGCCGCGUGACCGCGCCACCUUCAACUUCGACGUGGCGCAGCUGGACUGGGGCGAGUACUUCGAGCAGUACGUGGUGGGCACGCGCCACUUCGUGCUCAAGGAGGACCCCAGCACGCUGUCUGCCGCGCGGGUGCACCUGCGCAAGAUGCUUUGGAUGCACCGAGUGACACAAUUUCUAUUGGUUGCAAUAGUUUGCCGUUUACUUGUGACGAACUCUAGUCUCGCACGACAGACAUGGUUUUCGUUUUUCGAAUUGGUUUUACGACUUGUAAGGUUGCUGCCUUUCAUUCAAAAAACGUGAAAUUGAAAAAAAAUAGACAUACGUGACGUAAACCUAGUGCCAUUGCAAAGUUAGAGACCAUAUCAUUUCGCAGUAUUAUUGACCAUCAGGAUAGACUUUACCAUCCUACACAAACUGGAGCAUCACUCAGCCCAAGGAGUAUAGAAGUAAACAGAGAUUUCCCUUGCAGCUUAAACAUAAUUCCUAGUUUUUUUCUCUGGAAUUUGUCACUUAUGAUUCUUCACUACUAACCACACAGCAUAAAUUCAAAGAAAAUAAGUUUUGUCCCGAAUUAUAUCAGGGUCUAGGGUAUUUUAGAAUUCUUCAGGUUUACGAUGUAGGAAAAUUUAAUACAUUUAAUUUUAUAGGUCUGAAUAAAUUAUCAUCUAAUUUGUAUUUUUUAUUUCUUGAUAUCCAUGAAAUAAAACUUAAGGAUUUUUUAAGAUUAGAGACAGAAGGUGGUGUUCGUUGGUGGUCUAAAACAAUGCUAAGUUAAACUAGUUGUUUCACAAUACGUAACUAUCUUUGGCUCAUAAAAUCGUGAUAUUCAUUUACACAAAUACCCAUCUAAUGCAAUACACACAAUUUGGCUUUAUUUGAAGUGGUAGCUAAAAACACCACAGAUACGCAAAUGGGAAUGUACCAUUAACUGUGCCUUCAAGAAUAAACUUUUACAUUCAAACACACAUGAUCACACAAAAAUUAACAUAAAUGUUGGUAUUUAAACAUAAAUAUUUACUGAGGUCUCCUGAUUCCUCUACACUUAGGCACUACACAUUAAUUAAUAGUUAGGCAUCCUAUUUAUUAUUUUAAAUAUACAUAUUAGACAGGCAUAUCCAAUGCAAAACACAACAAAAUUUUAACAAAUGAGAUUUAAAAAACAAGGAUGAGAACCUGAUGUUGUAAAAUUUGUUGAUUCACUUAUUUAUUAAAAUAAAAUUUCUUAAGUAGUUAACUCAACACUAAAAUGUUGUACAAUUCAAAAUAAUUAUAUUAAGAAAGUAUAAUCACAGUUUGUUCACAAGUCAUAUUAUUCCAAAUUAUUUAUAAUUCCGCUCUGAAUGUGAAUGAUGUUCUGAUGUUGGUAAAGAUGGAAUCCUUAGCGUAGAGUAAGUGCAUCAUAGGCCCAGGCUCAGCUUUGAGCACUUGUUUGGCUCGGCUCGACUCGGAACCGGCCGUCUCGGAACAGUACACGCCAACGUCCGCACGCUUUAUCGGCAUUACUCAGGCGGUUCCUUCAGUCACACACAGCUGCCGAAAAGGUCGUCAUACAAGUCAGGUAGUGGUGCACAUUGUUAAAAUGAGAAUUUCGUACAAUGAAGAGGACGUUAUGAUUGUGGUUCCGCGUGAUGGGUUAAAUGGGGAGGGCAGAAAUAUUGACAAGAGAGUAUAUAAAAACCUUUAAUAUGUAAAUUAACAGUAAUAACAAUAAUAAUAAUGAUUAACCCAUUUAUAAUAAUGAUAACUAGGAGAAAAAUUCGGAGUAUGUUCGUAUGGUGUAUGGUCAAAAAUUCAUGAGCCAGUCUCGUAUGUGUACACCUUUGACAGAAUAUUAUUUUCUUGUUAUGGUGGGCCAGGUGGAACCAAGCAGUUGAAAUACAUAACAUUAAUUAUCAUACAAACAUAUUGGGUCAAGAUCGUCUAUAAAAUACUGUAAUUUCUUCGUACUAUUUUGAUGACAAGAAAUAUUUUUACAGGCGAAUUUAUUUUCUGAUGAAUCAUGGGUAUACUGUAAUGCAACAUCUGCUAUUUCAUUGGCCCAGUCUAUUAUAUUCUGCAACUGGAAAGAGCCAGCAAAAGUGAAUUUUGCGGAUACAAAGAUAGCUUGUUGAAACCUAAGAAACAGUCACAUUUCCCCAUGAUAAAUCGUCAUCCCAGUUACCCUGUUGAUGGGACCAAUUCCGUAUGCUAGAGAAACUUAUAACAGUUUUGAAUCUAGUCUGCUGGUCUGAAAUAAUGUGACAAGAUAAGGUCUCUGUACAUCAUCUGAAGCUUUCUGUCUUCUCUUGAACGUUGUGUUUGAAGAAAAUUGGAUGUAACACCAAGAUUACUAUUUUUGCAAUUAUUUUUAUAAUAAAAUGUUCAGCAUGCAAUAUAUUGUUCUAAAAUAAAACACAUAUAGGGAUGUUUAUGUAACAAAAUACACUAUGUUUUGUGGUGAGUGGAAUAUAGAAUAACAGCUGCCACUGCCAUACUUAACUCAGCAAGCGGAAACUGGCAGAAAGUAUUGCUCGAUAGCAUGGAUAAUUAAACUAUGGUUUCGACCAAUUCUUGAGUGGCGUUGUACUGCAUGAUGGUUGUUAAAAUAACUCAUAUAUUACCGAAAGUAAUGUCAUUAAAUGUAGUUGAAAACACCGUAUAUGCCAACAGAAAUGAUCAGAAAACUGUAUAGUCAAAAAAUGUUUGGCAGUUUUUUAUCAGAACUUGUAAAUAAAAAUGAUCAAGAAUAAAUUGUUACAUGUUUCACAGUGAAUUUAACAAAAUAAUGUUUCAAAAGUUUUAUUCCAAAGUGAAAUGUAUAGAACAUAAAAAUAAACUGCUGUUUUGCUACGAAUACUCAUGAUAAAA